UUUACGGGUGCACCAGUGUGUCUUGUGGAGACUCUAGCAGUGGUCAGUGCUCCUCACUCCGCUGUCAGUAUCGUUCAUCUUUCACCACCGACAACUAUUGAAGUCAUUUUAUUUCUGUGUUAAAAAAAUCGUGGUACAGUACAUCUCCUUCUGGCCACACGUACUGUAAUAGUCGUUCUCAGGGGAAGAAUGACCCCUGGAGGUGGUCUGGAUGACAUUCCUUCCCUCCAGCACUAUUAGUUUUUUAAAAAGCCAGAGAACAAAAUUCUGCAAGCCUGAAGAACAGCAUUUAACAUGCAUGAAGAACAACAUUCAACAUACAUAAAGAACAAGAUUCAUCUUGCAUGAAGAACAACAUUCAGUAAACAUGAUGUACCCCACUACGCCCACCACACAGAUCUAUUCUCCAUGGUCCAAUUAGCUAAGGCAAUUAUUCCGUGAUUGUGUUGAUAGCAGCUCUAACGAUCUUCAGAUAGCUGUUUAGGGACGAUGUUUUGUCAGUGUGCCGGAAACUCCUCAUCUGAACGAAAAUACCCAUGAGAUUCAUAGACAGCAAAGGCCGUCGUGUUCCAGACGUAAAAAUAAAUGAAAACCACGUAACUCCCGAAUUAGAUAUUUUUUAAUAGCUCGUGCCGCAGAGAAGAUAAAACAAAUGACAGAAAAUAGCGAAUUAGUGUUACCAUGUCUUGCAGUAGUCACAAUAUGGCAGUCUAGGUUCGUUCAGCUCCUCUUCACGCCUGCAGCGGCCACGAAUGUUGAGCCAUAUGUUUCAGGAAGAGGGGUACUUUCAUGUAGAUCAAGACCAGGUGUAACAGAAGCUGUACCAAACCAGGAAGAACAAUUGUACCGCCAGGAUGAAGGUGGGCAAGAUUAACGAGGGAUACAGCAGUCUGCGGGAUGCUCAUCUCGCGCACUACUUCUCCAGGGACGACGUGAUCAAACACCUCGUGCACAUGGGAUUGGUGACGCGGAGGGGAGAAGUAGUGCCGGAAGCUGAGUGGCGGAGGCUGUACGCCAAGGAACAGAGAGAAGCCAGGGAGCUAGAGAAGGAAGAGCACAGGAGAAGACUUCAAGAGGCCGAGGAGGCGUCCAAGAGGAGAAUCAAGGAGAAGAUCAGGAAGAGAGAGGUCCAAAGUGCUGCUGUGAUCAGGUCCGUGGCUGGUCUCGUGUACAGGUUCAGGAAUAAUGUAGUGAUCGGGUCCAAGAUUGCAUGUGGUUGUAUCCUCUUUGAUGGAGCAAACGAGACGACGAAGGGAACCACGAACUUCUCACCUCCUGCAUUACCCUGA